CAGAGAGGCUUGAGAUCCCCCGGGCUUCCCAGCUGAACCCAGGCCCCCCGCGUGGCUCGCAGCGAGAAUGGAGAGACUGAAAAAUCAACCUCAGCAAGCUUCAAGGCAGUCACAUGUUUCUGAAAAGUGUUCAGGAGGUCCUUCUGUCAUCUGUCUACCUACAGACUGGUUUGGUUCUUGGCAGCAAUGAUGCUAUGCAGGGCACAAGUGGUGACCCAAGAUGAAAGAGUGCUGCUGAACACACCUGCUUCCUUAAAAUGCUCCCUGCAAACUUCCCAGGAAGUCUUGAUUGUGACAUGGCAGAAAAUCAAGCCUACGAUCCCAGAAAACAUGAUCACCUUCAGCAAGGACCACGGGGUUGUGGUCCAGCCUGCUUAUAAAGACAAGAUAAACAUCACUCAGCUAGGACUCCAGAACUCAACCAUUACCUUCUGGAAUACCACCCUGGAGGAUGAGGGGUGUUACAAUUGCCUCUUCAAUACCUUUGGUUCCGGGAAGAUCUCAGGAGUAGCCUGCCUUACCCUCUCUGUACAGCCCACAGUAUUCCUUCACUAUAAAUUCUUUGACGACCACCUAAAUAUCACUUGCUCUGCCAAUGCCCGCCCACCCCCUCAGAUCUUCUGGAAGAUCUCUGGGUCGGAGAUUGAGAACAGUAGUGAGGUUCUCUCACACUCCAAUGGGACCACGUCUGUGACCAGCGUCCUCCAGGUCAAAGACCCCAAGAGUCAGUUGGGGAAGGAGGUGAUCUGCCAAGUGUGGCACCUGGGGAAUGUGACCAACCUCAGGGAAACUGUGAGCAAAGGUAUUUGGUUUUCAGUUCCACUGUUGUUAAGUAUUGUUUCCUUGGUAAUUCUACUGGUUUUAAUCUCAAUCUUAUUAUACUGGAAACGUCGUCGGAACCAAAACCGAGAGCCCUAGAGGAGUCACAUAGAGCCCUGAAAGUUAUUUCCUGGUCUACUUGAAUCUGAGGAGGAGGAAAGCAGUAGAAAAAGGAUCAUUCUCCAAGGGACCAAAAGAGCAAAAGAGGUGGGAGUAAAAAAGUCCAAGAAUUUCAAGACUUUCUACUGUUGUCUAAGCUACCCAGUGCUUGUGUGAAUUCCAAGAAGAAAUCCUUUUACCUCUCAAGUCUGUUGUAGGACUUGAUUUUGUGAAACAAUGCAGUGUUGUGCUGUUGAAAGAAUACCGGACUUUGACUCAGGAGCCACAGCUCAGAGGCUGACUUUGACUCCGACUGGUGACAACCCUAUGUUAAUUACUUUAUCUCAAUGAACUUCCAUGUCCGCAUCCUGAAAGUUAAGGAGUUGGACCAGAUCAUUUGCCGUUCUGCUCUAAAAACAUGUAAUUCUGGUAAAAAAAAAAAAAAAAGGAAUAAACAAAGGGAAAGAAGUGAAAGAAGAAAGAAUAUAGAAAGGUUAAGGACCAAAGAACUUUUCUGAGACGACCUUUCACCGUUCUGUUGCUGCAUCGUCUCUUCUUCCCUUAUUGUUCCAGGCCCACGAAUCUGUUUCCCCAUCACUGGGUAUCUAGUCACUACCUGCUACUGCUUUGCUAAUAGGUGGUCUUUGUAGAAUCCUUGGUUUCACUGAUAUUCCUCGUCUUACUUCUGUGACAUUUACCAUAAUGAAAAUGGGACUGAAUUUAUUGUGAAAUAACAUUGGCGACCUUAACUUUACUUACCUGUUUUUGUCGAGAAGAAAUAGUGUUAGUCUUGGACAGCAGCUCACAUUUUUUAAAAAGCAUGCAUUUCCUGUCCAUUUGUCCCGUAAUAUGACCCAGCCCUGUUUUAGUCGUUCUGACUUCAACCUAAUAUAAACGUAUUAUAAAAACAGUUUUUUGGGAGAUUCCUGAAUAGUAGACAGCUAAUUCAGAUGCUUCAGCCCUCCUGGCUUCUUUUUCUAUGAGGUAACUUGUCACAAUAGCAGAGGAAGCAUGAAUCGGUUUACAAAUCCCUUUGUUCGACAUAUAUUGUUCUAACUCACGGGACAAUUUUGAACUCAUGUAAUCAUAAGACCCAAUUAGUGGCUUUUUCGGUGUCUUUUGCUUUCUUGUCUUUAUCCAGGGAGUAUCCUAGGAACUAAAACUUCUGUUGUUUUCACUGUUAAAUUGGAUAUUUAUAUAUUUAGUAAGUUUCAUAUGUUAUUUAAUUUUGUGUUAUUUUUUAUAUUUGUAUUAAGAUACUGAAUAAUUGAAAGUGUCAACUGUAAAUAUUUGGUUCCUGACACUCUCUUAUGAAAUGUGGACAUUAAUGAUGA